AUGUCCUCGUCGGAGCAGACGCCCUCGAAUGCGGUGCCAGACACGCAGCUUGGAUUGACCGAAGAUGAGAUCCAGCUACUGCGACAUGGCCAACAACAGGUCGCGGCCGCGGGCGGGUCGACGUCGUCCCGCGCGGCUAGUCGCGCUUCUUCGCAGGGGCUUUUGAUGAUGGACAGUUCGUCGCUCACAGCCCUGGGCCGCCACUUUGACCGUGUCAUGCAGCACAUUCAGGAACGACUAGAGUAUCUAAUGGAACAGUCGCAAAUCGUGACGCUCUCCGUCUACGACCGAGCCGGCAAUUUGAUCGAUAACGCCGACGCAGAGAUCCAGCGCUAUCACGACAUCAUGGCCCAGAUCGAUGAGCUUGAGUUGGACUUUGAUCGCAUUCGACACAUUCGCGAUAUUGUUCGUGAUUUCCGUCGCCGCGCCGAGGAGCUGGAGCGUGAGCUAGAGCGGUCCGGUAGUGGAAGCUCGAGGAGGCAUGGCCAUGGACAGUCGUCUCAUCGCAGCCACGGACACUCAAGUUCAGGGAGGCGACGGGCUUGA